AUGAGCGACUCUCUUCUCAACAACCAUCUGAAUAAAAAUCUCAAAUUCAUUAGAUUUCCAUCUUGGCGCAUGAAAUAUAUACUUCAAUUACAAACGAUCUUGGUAUAUAUAUCCAGAGUAAUACUACAUCUACGAAUCAUGACUUCAGCACGCUGCCCCUUCUGCAACAUCGCAGCAAGAUAUCCUCACAUUUUACCAUCACUUUUCAACUCUAAUUCCAACAAUGCCACCAUCACAACUCCGGACUCCGUACUAUCGCGUCUCCGUGCCGAAACAGAAGAGACACGCCCAGAGUCAGGACCGGCGUCAGGAUCUGGGUCAGAACCGGAGUUAGAGGCAGAGUCAUCGCAUGCGUACUUGAUUCUUUCGACAAAAUCUGUUCUGGCGUUUCUGGAUAUUAUGCCGUUGACGAGGGGCCAUGUUUUGGUGGUUCCAAGGGAGCACUAUGGAACAGUAGGGGAUGUCGGAGUUACAGCUGGGAGGGAGCUUGGACAAUGGAUACCUAUAAUCUCACGGGCUGUAAUGAGGGCGCUUUUCGGGGAUUCUGAGGCGCAUUGGAAUGUGGUUCAAAAUAAUGGCAUCAGAGCCGCGCAAGUAGUCCCUCACGUCCACUUCCACAUCGUCCCCAGACCGCCACUGGAUCAACCGCCCAGCUCAAAGAAAACGAGCUAUGUAAUGUUUGGUCGCGGGCAAAGGGACGAGCUGGACGAGGAAGAAGGGGAGAAAUUGGCCGGUGAGAUUCGAGAAGAGCUGGCGAGGGAAGUUCAGCGUGUUAGGGAUGUGGAGGGGGUGGAUUUGGAGGGGGAUAUAGGGGGUGACGAGAGAAAGAGGAGAGGGGGUGGGAAAUUAUGA